AUGGUCGAUAGGACUGGUAUUAGUGGCCUUAAGGGGCCACUGCUUGUGGCGGCUAUCACUUCAGUAUGUUCUUCAUCGUUUUUACUCUUUGGAUAUGAUCAGGGUGUCAUGUCGGGAGUUGUCAUAUCGGAAUACUGGCUGGAUGCAAUGGGAAAUCCCAGUACAAUAAUGACGAGCACCAUCACGGCUAUAUACGAUAUUGGCGCGCUUUUCGGCGCAAUUAUAGCUGCAUUUACAGUGGAGCGACUUGGUCGGAAACGCAGCUUGAUGGUUGGCGCAGCUCUUGUUGUUAUUGGUUCUGCUUUAAUGGGAGGAUGUGUCGAAAGAGUUCUUAUGAUGGUGGGUAGAACUAUUACUGGCCUAGGAAUUGGGUUCCUUACCUCGGUUGCACCUGUUUACCAGAGCGAGAUAUGUCUACCAAGUCAACGAGGAUGGCAUGUAUCUUGCCAGUUAACGAUGAUGCUUUUUGGGCUAAUGCUGGCCUAUUGGAUCAACUAUGCCUUUUAUUUUCAGCCUGGGCAGGUCCAGUGGCGAUUUCCAUUGACAUUUCAAGCUCUAUUUGCCAUUUAUGUUUUGAUUGUCACGCCCUUCUUACCCGAUACUCCACGUUGGCUUAUGCUUCAUGAGCCCUCUUCUGAAAGAGGAACUAUCGUCCUUGCCAAAUUGCGCAAUAAGCCAGAACAUGACCCAGUUGUCCAAAGUGAAAGGUCUGAUAUUAUGACCGCUAUCAACAUUGAAGCAGAAGAAGAAGGUUCUUGGAAGUCUCUUUUCACGGACGGAGGCUGCGCUGUGAAUAAGCGGUUUUUCCUAGCUCUUGGAAUUCAGUUCAUGCAACAAACCUCCGGUAUCAACAUUGUCAGUUACUAUGCACCAACCCUAUUCAAGGAAAGCCUGGGCAUGUCCCAGGAGAGAGCCUUGUUUGUUGGAUGCUUUCUCCAGGUCUGGUAUAUAAUAGCAUCUUUAUUGACAUGGUUCAUGAUCGACUACAUUGGUAGAAGACGACUCUUCAUAAGCAUGGCCAUCGGCAUGGGCGUAGUGUUGAUUUGUGAGGCCAUCACAGUAUCAAUUGGAACCCAAAAAUCCGGAAUCGCUGCUGUAUUUUUUGUGUUUGCAUUUGAAGCCUGCUUCACAUGGGGUUGGAUGGCUACAGUAUGGGUAUACCCCGCUGAAAUUCUCCCUCUCAAGAUUCGAUCCAAAGGAGCCGCACUGGCUGCCGCCGCAGACUUCCUGGGUAACUUCUUGGUCGUUGAAAUCACCCCACCAGCCCUUGAGAACAUUGGCUACAAGACCUACAUUAUUUUCGCAGUGUUCAAUCUCGUUGCCGCAGUUAUUGUCUAUUGCUUCUAUCCUGAAACCUCAUACCUGAAUUUGGAGUCAGUGGAUCUUCUUUUCCUGCCGGGUGAAGAUAUAGACCAGGAGAUUGAGUCGAAGCGGAAGUUUUACCACAAAGCAAUUCAGUGGUCUGUGGUUCCUAGGGCACGAAUCGCUGUCAAAGAGGCUAAAGCGAAGCAAAAAGCUGGUCUUGCUGAAACUAUCGGUGAUGUCGAACAGACAAAAGCCCAUAGUCACUCUGUUGUUAAGGAUAAUGUGGGGACAUACCAUGUUGAGCUCCAGGAGUAA